AUGGUGUCAGACUUUGACCUCAAUGUGGAAUCCUAGCGCUGUGCUGAUCUCUCGGCCGCUCGCCGACUCUUGCUGUCUUCUGGUUUAGACAUGAAGAUUUGUUUUGCUCCGGCUGAUGUGCCUCUAGUUAGGAGGAUCCAGACUGCUGUCGUACUGCAGUGGGUCUUCUCUUUCCUGGCGCUCGCCCCAUUCUGUAUUAUACUGUUCGUCUUGCUACUCUUCACUCGUUUCUGGCUCAUCAGCGUGCUUUAUGCCAUCUGGUGGUACAUCGAUUGGGACACACCUUCACAAGGAGGUAGAAAAUUGUCCUUUCUGUGCCGAAUGCGCAUGUGGGAGUACAUGAGAGAUUACUUCCCUAUAAAGCUGGUGAAGACAGCUGAUCUGGACCCUAGGAAGAACUAUGUGCUGGGUUUCCAUCCUCAUGGUAUUCUUGUGGCUGGUGCAUUUACAAAUUUCUGCACGGAGGCGACAGGUUUUAGCAAACUCUUCCCUGGGUUGAGAAGCAACCUCCUCAUGCUGCCUCUCUGGUUCAGAGCCCCCUUCUUCAGGGACUACAUUAUGGCUGCAGGCCUGGUUCCAUCGGACAAGGAGAGUGCCAGCUAUAUGCUCCGGCAGAAGGGAGGUGGGAACGCUGUGGUCAUUGCAGUUGGCGGUGCCCCUGAGGCUUUGGAUGCCCAUCCUGGUGACUACACUGUUCACCUGGCCAAUAAGAAGGGCUUCAUUAAGCUUGCAAUAGAGCAUGGUGCAGAUUUGGUUCCUAUGUAUUCAUUUGGAGAGAAUGAAGUAUUUGAUCAGGUGGAGAACCCUCGAGGCACCUGGCUGCGAUAUAUUCAAGAGCGCCUGCAACACAUUAUGGGCAUUUCUCUGCCUCUCUUCCACGCACGAGGAGUUUUCCAGUACAGCUUCGGCCUAAUGCCCUACAGAAAACCCAUCAACACUGUUGUGGGUCGGCCAAUUCCAGUAGAGAAAAACGAGAAACCAACGGCGGAAGAACUGGAUGUGUUUCACCAGCGCUACAUGGAUGAACUCAGCCGCCUGUUUGAGGAACACAAAGGAAAUUAUGGAGUAGAUGAAGAUGCUCACCUGCUGUUCCAGUGAGAGGAUCACUGAAGCGACUCUGAGAUUGUGUACGUAUGCGUUUAUGAGAAAGAGACAGAAAGACAGUUAUUUAUGUCUAAUUUAGUCUCAGUUGUAUAUUGUCAGCUUUUAAACCAUUGCUGUUUUGUUGCAGUUGUUGAAUGUAAUGCAGAAUUUUUAUUUCCUGAUAAAUGCAAUGUGUAAUUCAAAGCAGUUCAUGCUUUCACAUGUACCAAACAUUGCAAAAAAUGUUUUUUUUUCUUCAAGUAAGUGAAAUUUUUUUUAUGCUUUAACUCCUAUAUUAACUGGUUUUACUCAAGUCAGAAAUAUUAUGUAAUAUGGCUAAUGCAAACUGACUUAAUCAACAAAAGUAAUAACUUUUACAGUGUAUUUUCUACUGUAUGUGCUUUAAAGCAGCACAUCUGAAUAAAUCUGCACCAGUUUUA